GGUGGUGGGAGAAGGAGGAGGCGGCAGCGAAUCACUUAUAAAUGGCACCCAAGCAGGACCUGAAGCCCAAAUUCCAGGAGGGCGAGCAAGUGCUGUGCUUUCAUGGGCCCCUUUUCUAUGAAGCAAAGUGUGUAAAGGUUGCCAUAAAGGACAAACAAGUGAAAUACUUUAUCUAUUACAGUGAUUGGAACAAAAAUUGGGAUGAAUGGGUUCCAGAAAGCAGAGUACUCAAAUAUGUGGACACCAAUUUGCAAAAACAGCGAGAGCUUCAAAAGGCCAAUCAGGAACAAUAUGCAGAUGGCAAGAUGAGAGGGGCUGCUCCAGGAAAGAAGACAUCUGGUCUGCAGCAGAAAAAUGUUGAAGUGAAAACAAAGACGAACAAGCAGAAAACACCUGGAAAUGGAGAUGGUAGCCGUACCAGUGAGACACCUCAGCCUCCUAGGAAGAAGAGAGCCCGGGUAGAUCCUACAGUUGAAAAUGAAGAAACAUUCAUGAACAGAGUGGAAGUUAAAAUAAAGAUUCCGGAAGAGCUGAAACCAUGGCUUGUUGAUGACUGGGACUUGAUCACCAGACAAAAGCAGCUUUUUUAUCUUCCCGCUAAGAAGAAUGUGGAUUCCAUUUUGGAGGAUUAUGCAAAUUAUAAGAAAUCUCGAGGAAAUACAGAUAAUAAGGAGUAUGCCAUCAAUGAGGUUGUAGCAGGGAUAAAGGAGUACUUCAGUGUAAUGCUGGGCACUCAGAUGCUCUACAAAUUUGAGAGACCACAGUAUGCUGAAAUUCUUGCAGAUCAUCCUGAUGCACCCAUGUCCCAUGGUGACCAUCUGCCAUAUGUGUGAAGCCACAGCUUGCCU